AUGGCCAUGGGAAAGCAACAGAGGGAGCAUAAGUGGUGGGAAGAAGAACACGUCGCCGUAGACGAGAAGAAGGAGAAGAACAAGUCAUCCUCGUCACGGUCUUCCUCCUCAGGGUUGAAAGCAGCCCUUGGGAACAUGUUCCCCUGUUGCAGAGACAAAUCGUACAGAGUCAUUAUCGACACCCCAGCGCCCAAGUUGGACUUCAACUGCUACCGCCCAGUCUACCGCAAGCAAGAGGACGAAAAUAAAUCACUCAUUGUCAAGGUGCCUACAGAAGACGACUACCCACAGAAGCAGGCGGACAUGGUGCACCAUAACGUCCUCGAGACGUUGCGGAAGCUGAAGCUUGACUCUGGUUGGGCCAAGGAGGAGGAAGAAGAAGAAGAAGAUGACGAGGAACAUUCGUCGCUGGGAAGCGUCUCAGACGACGACGACGACGACGACGACGACGCGUCUGAGACUACCUCGUAUGGCAGCGUAUACACCGUAUUAUCCACCACAACCGACGUCGUUCCCACGUCCACCACCACAAAACCCUACGUCUGGCGCGAACCUCUCAAUACUGCCCCUCGUCAUGCCCAGCCUACACCUCGACAACAACAACCACACCCUGACCCAGCCCCCUGCCGCAGGGCCUUCCUCUACUUCACUGUCGAGCGCCCCCACCGAGGCGGGUUCGUCCGCCACAUGGCGCACCCCAUGCACCUCGACCUCUCCACGCCAACCAGCCAGCGCCGCAGCGAGAACCGUCUGCGCGCGUACCUCACCCGCGACCCACAGCGCUUCUUUAAGCACUUUGGCCUGUCGCACAGAAACGGAAACAGGGUGGUGGUGAACCUGCCGCAGUUCUUUAGCAGCAGAAGCAGCAGCAGCAGCAGCAGCAGCAGCAGGAGGAGGGCGGUCGAGAGGAUCUGGGGACAGGAGUUGCGGUGGGCUUGGGCGGAUGCUGGGGAAGAAAGGUUUGCUGGGGCCCUGGUGGGCUUGUUGCGGGAUGUUGCGGAGGAGAGCGCGAGAAUGAUGGCAGCGGAGAGGGAGGAAGAGGGUGGAUUGGUGGAGAAGGUUACGCUGGAUGUGGUUUGUGUUGUGAGGCAGGUGUCUGGUGGUGGUGAUGGCACGGAGGAUUAUGGGAUGCCUAUGGAUGUGAGGAGGGUUAUUCGGUAG